AUGAUGAACUCAGAUUCCGAAUUUUUGGAACGACAAUUGUCUACGGUGGUGGCAUAUGGUGCCCUCACCUUUAUUGCCCUUUUCGUUUUGUCUAAGAGAUAUUCUUCCAAUCUAAAAUCGAUGCAGUCACUUAUUCUAUUUUGCUGGGCUUGUUUUCUAAAGCCUUUCUCGGUUACCCAGUCUUCUAGUAAGGGAAAUCAACAACAAUCUGCUUUGGAAUCAUUCUACAAGACGCAGGCUCAAGUUUACGAUUCUACAAGAAAAUUGCUACUUCAGGGACGUGAGACUGCGCUUUCAUUAGCAGCUGCGCAUUUUACUUCUUCUGGCAAGAAAAACCUGGUUUGGGUUGAUAUUGGUGGAGGAACCGGCUGGAAUAUAGAGCAGAUGAACCGCAUCGUUUCUCUGAGAAAAUACUUCAAGAAAGUCUACCUGGUAGAUCUUUCGCCUUCUCUUUGUCAAGUCGCGAGACAUAGAUUCGCAAAGGCUGGUCUCUCAAAAAUAGUUGAAAUUUUAUGUGUGGACGCGUGUGAUUUUGAAAUUCCUGAAGGAAAGGCUGAUCUAAUCACCUUUUCAUAUUCGUUGUCCAUGAUCCCAACUUUCCACUCAGCUGUUGACCAUGCUUCGGAACUGUUAAAUAGCGGUGGACUUGUCAUGUCAGUGGAUUUUGGUGUUCAAUCAGAAGUCACUGCCAUUGGAAGAGUUAAUACCGUUGGUGGAACGUACAACAGGCAUGUCCCCUGGAUCCUAAGAAGUUUUUGGAGAAUAUGGUUUGAGUUCGAUCGUGUAUUCUUGGAUCCUGCAAGAAGAGACUAUCUUGAAUACAGAUUUGGCACUCUCAAGUCGCUCAAUUGCUACAACCACUCCUUGGGAAAAAUCCCAUACUACAUUUGGCUGGGUUGUGACAGGGACAAAACACCUGCUCUUCUACACAGGAUCAACGCCCUUGCAACGGAAUCUCCAUAUCUGGCACCAUCAGAGGAAACCAAGCUCAUUCCAAAGAGCAAAGGGUACGAGGCAGCUGUCUCAAAUAGACAGAAGCAUCUUCCAUAUCCUUCCAUUUACUACCAAAACGACAUCUGGAGAGUCUACUACGAUGAGAUGAAUCCCCAGUACACCCAAUUCAAAGACCAGUACAUUUACGCUUUCACCUGGGAAGACCCCCGCGAGGACUUCAAUAUUCUCAAGCUCUCGUCGAAAGAUACAGUUUUGGCCAUAACCUCAGCUGGGGAUAAUAUUUUGUCAUACGCAUGCUUGGAUGAUCCUCCCAAGAGAAUUCAUGGCGUUGAUUUGAACCCAUGUCAGGGCCAUCUCAUGGAGCUGAAACUGGCAGCUUUGAAGGUUCUCAAAAGAGAGGAGGUUUGGAAAAUGUUUGGACUGGGAAAGAUAGAAAACUUCACGGAAUUGUUAGUCACAAAAUUGUCUCCUCAUAUAUCGUCUAAUGCGUUCCAAUACUGGUAUUCCAAGGGGUACAAGAGUUUCGAUAUCAACGGGACUGGAUUGUAUGACACUGGAUCUACUAGAUGGGCAUUAAGGCUAGCAAGAUGGGUUUUCAAAAUUGCUCAAGUUCAGGACCAGGUAUAUGAGCUUUGCAAUUGCACAGAUAUGGAUCAACAAAAAGAGGUUUGGGAUGACAAAAUCAAGCCUGCCAUCUUUAACCCCAUUGUCUCGAAAAUAUUGAUUGGGAACCCGCUCUUCCUGUGGAAGGCACUCGGAGUUCCUGUGAACCAAGCUAAAAUGAUGGGUUCAUCUGUCAUGAAAUAUUUCGCUGAUACUCUUGACCCUAUUGUUACGAGAUCGUUGUUGUCAAUGGACAACUAUUUCUACUACCUGACCUUGAUGGGACAUUACUCAGAAUCCAACUGUCCCAACUAUCUCACCAAAGAUGGAUACAAUAAACUUCAUUCCCCGUCGUCACCUUUGGACAGUAUUAGAUUACACACAGAUACACUGAAUGAUGUCUUUGAGAGACUCACAAAGAAUUCACUAACCGUGGCUGUCAUUAUGGACCACAUGGACUGGUUUGAUCCGUCCGGCCAGGAAUGCGAUCUGGAAGUCAAAGCACUUUACGGAGCUCUUGCACCAUCUGGACGUGUUCUCCUACGAUCGGCAAGUACUGAACCGUGGUAUAUCAAAGUAUUUGAGAGGAAUGGUUAUAAGUGCGAUGCUGCUGCAGUCAGAUUUUCAGGCGAGUCCAUCGAUAGGAUCAACAUGUACGCCUCGACCUGGGUUUGCACAAAAAUUCCACCAAAGGCGAGAGGUAUGAGCACAUUGGAUAUUUGA